UUUUUUAAAAAAAAAAAAAAGCAAAAUAGGUUAAAUAGAAUAUUUGUGUAUUUUCUGACAACAACAAAAGUUGGAGCCUUGUGGUUUUUAUCACAUCCCAUCACACAAGAGUUUGUGGGUACAAAACCCUAACUUCUCAAGUUCUCAAAACCCUAACUUCUUCCUCCUCCUCUUCCCGUCUUCCGGAAUUCCGGCUGUCCCUCUGUGACUCUUUGUCUGACCGACUGUCCGCAGCGGCGCAGCCUCGCAGACCCGCAGCCGUCUGGUAGUGAGCAGACGACCAGGUUCCUUGCUCCACCGACGUCCGACGACGACCACACGGCAGACGCGUCGACGCCUCUAGCCUCCAGCCUCCACGAGUCCACGGUAGUCUGUUUCGAACCCCCUCUUUGGAAAUCCUGGAGACGCCACGGGUGGCAAUCACUAGCAGAGUUCCUGCAAUUAAAGAGAAAGAGAAGUCUAAGUAGCUUGGAGUUUUGGUACAUAAAAAAAAGCACAAAACCAAAUCAUCAGGGCAAGUGGAGAGAUGGGGACCCGAGAAGUGUAUGAGGAGAAGCUUCGAACUGGAAAUGCGUAUCACCAUGUUCCCACCAUCAAUCCUGGCCUCGGCACCCCGCGAUGCCCUCGUUGUCUCUCUCUCCUCGACUCUGAAUCUAGGAGUGGUGAAUGGACAAUUACUCCUGUGUUGCAUGAUGCUACGACUGUGGCCGGCUGUGGGAUUGGAGGAAUGCUAAGUGCUACUCAUGUUUUCAACACUGGUAUACCUUUCGUCCAGAAGUAUGUUAAAGGACCCAAGUGGCUUCCAUUUGUUGUUGGGCUUCCACCCUUACUUUUGUCUUCAGCUGCAUGUGCUGCCUUUGGUGGUUAUGCUCUUCCUAAAUUUACCCAGCUUACUGUGACAUCAUAUUAUGCUGCUUCAAGCGCUUCACACUAUGGGAUCUCUCUACUUACUAGACACAUUGAAGAGGCACAUAUCUCAACCUCUCAGCAAGAGAAACUGUGAUGAUGAUGAUGCGUGGAAGAUGACUUGGGUGACACAGCUGUUGCUUUGCUUGUACCAGGUUAAUGUUUAUGGCCAUUUUCCGUAAUGCAUUUAACUAGAAAAUUCUAAUAUGUCUGGAUUUUUCGUCACUUCCCCCGUCCCCUCCCUCCUCUUGUGAAGUACGACUUCCACCUUUUCUGAAUUUAGCUGUCACAUUACUAGUUAGGAAUACGUCCAACCUUUUUAUCUAUAUAUUGUUAGGAAUUGUGAAUUAUACUUGAAUUUUAAGGCAGUUGUAGCCGAGUUAUCUGUAUAGUUGAAGAUAUUUAAAUCUUUCAUAAUAAAAUAGAGAUAUAUGAGUGAUCUGACAUUUACUUUGUUGA